CGCCGGAACCGGAGCGGAGGAGAGCGGUUGUGUGCUGAGGCCGUGUCCCUUCCACCUGCUCCCCCCCGGGAGGAUGGCAGAGAGUGAGGCAGAGACCCCCGGCACCCCGGGAGAGUUCGACAGCAAAUACUUCGAGUACAAUGGAGUGCGGCUGCCUCCCUUCUGCAGGGGGAAGAUGGAGGAGAUCGCCAACUUCCCGGUCAGGCAGAGCGACAUCUGGAUCGUCACCUACCCCAAAUCCGGAACAAGUCUACUUCAGGAGCUGGUGUAUCUAGUGAGCCAAGAUGCUGACCCAGAUGAGAUUGGAAUAAUGAAUAUUGAUGAGCAAGUGCCUGUGCUGGAAUACCCUCAGCCUGGCCUUGACAUCAUUAAGGAACUGACAUCCCCUCGCCUCAUUAAAUGCCACCUGCCGUAUCGUUUCCUGCCCACGGACCUGCACAAUGGACAGUCAAAGGUUAUAUGCAUGGCCAGAAAUCCCAAAGAUUUGGUGGUGUCUUACUAUCAAUUUCAUCGUUCGUUACGUACAAUGAGCUACAGGGGAACAUUCCAGGAAUUCUGCCGGCGGUUCAUGAAUGAUAAGUUGGGUUAUGGUUCAUGGUUUGAACAUGUUCAAGAAUUCUGGGAGCAUCGUAUGGAUUCCAAUGUCCUCUUCCUAUUGUAUGAAGAUCUGCUUAAAAAUCUUGCAGGUACUGUAGAGCUCUUAGUGCGGUUCUUAGGAGUGUCAUAUGACAGGACUCAAAUGGAAUCUAUAAUUGAACACUGCCAUCAGCUUGUGGACCAAUACUGUAAUGCAGAAGCACUUCCCAUUGGAAGAGGACGGGUUGGCCUGUGGAAGGACAUCUUCACUGUAUCAAUGAAUGAGAAAUUUGAUGCUGUCUUCAAACAGAAGAUGGGAAAAUCUGACCUCAGCUUUGAUUUCAGCCUUUAAAGAAUCAAUGUGCAUGCUUGCCAGUAUUCUCAACAAUAGCUAGAAGUGCUUCUUCUCAUUUGUUCAUCAA